AUGGGCUGCUGGGAUCACUCCUCCCUCCUGUCCCCUGCUCUGAGGCUAGCAGUCAUCACAGUGUUUCUUCUCCUCAACCUCCAUCCCUCACUGGCUGGUGCCCCCCCUGAGGUUUCUCCAGUGCCCGCCAAUAAAACUGAAUGCAGCAAGGCUGAGCCAUGCGCAAAAGGAGUGAUGUUACCCAUUUGGGAGCCCCAAAACCCAUCAUUUGGUGACAAGGUUGCCCGGGCCACUGUUUACUUCGUUGCCCUGGUCUACAUGUUCCUGGGUGUGUCAAUUAUCGCUGACCGUUUCAUGGCAUCAAUUGAGGUCAUCACGUCACAGGAAAAAGAGAUCACUAUCAAGAAACCCAAUGGGGAAACUACUACCACCACUGUUCGCAUCUGGAAUGAGACCGUCUCCAACCUCACCCUCAUGGCUCUGGGCUCUUCAGCUCCCGAGAUCCUGCUGUCCGUCAUUGAGGUUAUCGGUCACGGGUUUAACGCUGGCACACUAGGCCCCUCCACCAUUGUGGGCUCUGCAGCAUUCAACAUGUUUGUCAUCAUCGGGAUUUGCGUGUACGUGGUGCCUGACGGUGAGACCAGGAAGGUCAAGCAUCUCCGCGUCUUCUUCGUCACAGCCACCUGGAGUAUCUUCGCCUACAUUUGGCUCUACCUGAUCCUUAGCGUGAUCUCACCUGGCGUUGUGCAGGUGUGGGAGGGGCUGCUCACUUUCUUCUUCUUUCCCAUCUGUGUGUUGUUUGCCUGGGUAGCUGACCGCCGUCUGCUCUUCUACAAGUACGUGUACAAGCGCUACAGGACUGGAAAGCAGCGUGGAAUGAUCAUUGAGACCGAGGGUGACCGUCCACUUCCUUCCAAGGUGGACAUUGAGAUGGAUGGGAAGAUGCUGAACUCUCAUGGUGUUGACUUCCUGGAUGGUCCGCUGGGUUUGGAUAUUGAUGAGAAGGACCUGGAUGAGGAGGAGACCCGCAGAGACAUGGCCAAGAUCCUGAAAGAGCUCAAACAGAAACAUCCUGACAAGGAGGUGGAACAACUUAUUGAGCUUGCCAACUACCAGGUACUGAGCCAGCAGCAGAAGAGCCGUGCUUUCUAUCGAUGCCAGGCCACCCGGUUGAUGACAGGUGCUGGCAACAUCCUAAAGAAACAUGCAGCCGAUCAAGCACGAAAGGCCGUCAGCAUGCACGAGGUUCGCUCUGAUGCAGGUGAUAACGACCCCAUCUCUAAGAUCUUUUUUGAACCCUGCUCCUACCAGUGCCUUGAGAACUGUGGCACAGUGGCGGUGAAUGUGGUGAGGCGUGGUGGCGACCUGGGCAAGACGAUUUCUGUGGAGUACCGUACCGAAGACGGCACGGCCAACGCUGGCUCAGACUACGAGUUCACAGAGGGUGUGGUGGUAUUCAAGCCCAGCGAGACAAUGAAGGAGAUCCGCGUUGGGAUCAUUGACGACGACAUCUUUGAGGAGGAUGAAAACUUCCUGAUUCACCUUUCCAAUGUGAAGGUGUUGACAUCGGAAGGAGAGGAACCUGAGGAAGGCGAGUCAGCUAAUCACGUGGACUCAGUGGCCUGCCUCGGCUUACCCACUUCAGCAACCGUAACCAUCUUUGAUGACGACCACGCCGGUAUCUUUACGUUUGAGGAGCCUGUAUGCCAUGUGAGUGAGAGUGUUGGCAUCAUGGAGGUGAAGGUGCUGAGAACAUCGGGGGCUCGCGGUGUCGUCAUGCUGCCAUACAAGACGGUGGAGGGAACAGCACGAGGCAACGGGGAGGACUUUGAAGACACUCACGGCAUCCUCGAAUUUCAGAACGACGAGAUCUUUAAAACCAUCAACGUGAAAGUAGUUGACGACGAGGAGUACGAGAAGAACAAAACCUUCUACAUAGAGAUCGGAGAGCCUCGCCUGGUGCAGAGCAACGACACCAAAGGUCAGGAAGGGGAGGAACAGCACAAGGAAGAGGAGGAGGAAGAGGAGCCGCUGGCAGGAAAGGAUGAAGAGGAGAUGCGCAUUGCUGAUAUGGGCCGCCCCAUGCUGGGAGAUCACGCCAAACUGGAGAUCAUCAUAGAGGAAUCAUAUGAGUUCAAGAACACAGUGGACAAGCUGAUCAAGAAGACCAACCUGGCUCUGCUGGUAGGAACCAACAGCUGGAGAGACCAGUUCAUAGAGGCCAUCACUGUGAGCGCAGGUGAGGAUGACGAUGACGAUGAGUGCGGGGAGGAGAAGCUGCCAUCGUGUUUCGACUACGUCAUGCACUUCCUCACCGUUUUCUGGAAGGUUCUGUUCGCUUUCGUACCACCCACAGAUUACUGGAACGGCUGGGCCUGCUUCGUCGUCUCCAUCUGCAUGAUCGGACUGCUCACCGCCGUCAUAGGGGACCUGGCCAGUCAUUUUGGAUGCACAGUGGGCCUGAAAGACUCAGUUACAGCAGUAGUAUUUGUUGCAUUGGGAACCUCUGUUCCAGAUACCUUUGCAAGCAAGGUAGCUGCUACCCAGGAUCAGUAUGCAGACGCAUCCAUUGGUAAUGUGACUGGCUCCAACGCUGUCAAUGUUUUCCUGGGCAUCGGAGUGGCAUGGUCCAUUGCUGCCAUCUACCACCAGAGCAAAGGGCGGGAGUUCAGGGUGGAUCCAGGCCCACUGGCCUUUUCUGUCACGCUCUUCACCAUCUUUGCCUUUAUAUCCGUUGCCGCACUGAUGUACCGGCGGCGACCAGAGAUCGGUGGAGAGCUGGGCGGGCCCCGGACUGCGAAGGCCUUGACCACCAUGCUGUUCGUUAGCCUGUGGCUCCUCUACAUCCUCUUCUCCUCACUGGAGGCUUACUGCCACAUCCAGGGCUUCUAA